GAGAGAGAGAGAGAGAGAGAUACCCAUCUUGAACAUAACCUGUUGGGCGAUUAUUUUGUUUGUCGUGACUCCGUUGCAACCGAAAAUCUCAUAAGAUAUGAAUUGUUACUAUAAAAACUCGUGAUAACAGUGAAAAUGGCUGUGCCUCAUCUAGGCGUGAGUGAUAUUGUUCACUUGAACGUUGGCGGCACCAGAUUUUCCACAUCUCGCCAAACACUGACAUGGAUCCAAGAUUCGUUCUUCACAGCGCUGUUAAGCAACAGGAUUGACAGUCACAAGGAUGAGACUGGUGCUCUUUUUAUAGACAGAGAUCCGAAGCUAUUCUCUAUUAUAUUAAAUUAUCUUCGUACGAAGGAUAUCGAUCUGAGAAGCAUAGAUAUCCGUACACUGAGGCACGAGGCUGAAUAUUAUGGCAUUACUCCUCUGGUCAAGCGCUUAAUGCUCUGUGAAGAUUUGACUCAGUCAUCCUGCGGCAAUGUGUUGUUUUAUGGUUACUUACCACCUCCAAGUAUUCCCCUUCAAGAGCCUGUGGCGGUAACAUCGAAUGUCAGCGAUGUAUCUGUUCACAUUAGAGUUGUACCUAAUACAAACUCUAGAGUUGAUGGACCAUCUACCUCACAAUCUGCAACUGCUGGCAGUUCCAAUAAUCAAAAUGCUAUUGCCGGCCAACAACAAAAUCACAAAGCGACACUGGGAACUCACAUGAGGAAUUCCUCCUUAGACUAUCGGUUACCUCAACGCGGUCUCCCACAUUCUCGCACACCGUCCUUAGACCUGAGACAUGUUAGAAACAAUUCGGCAGAUCUAAAUAAAUUAUACAGAAACGACAUUAGCCUGGUGUUUGGGCAGCAGCAAGUUUCGUUAUGGGUAGACCCGCUAAGAGUGCAAAUCAUCAAGGCGCACCACAACUGGAUAGUGAUAGCUUAUGCGCAUUUCAUAACGUGCUACCGGCUGAAAGACUCGUCCGGAUGGCAACAUGUGUUCACCAGUCCGCACAUCGAGUGUAUAAUCGAGCGUGUGGCUAUAAACGCGAAAAUGGGUGGUGCGGACGGUAAGAUGGUCGCUAUCUCCUACGGUAGUCAAGUGAGACUCUGGGGCAUAUCCGAAGAAGGAACCGUCAAUAGACUGUCCAAAGUAGGUAUGUUCAAUCUGAACGUACGCGUGGAAUAUCUGUUCUUUAUCGGCAGUCAGUUGGUUGCGUUAUCACCGACUGGGAAAAUCGGUGUGUGGCACGCAAUGACUCACCAUUGGCAGAUACAGGAUGUAGUGCCUAUCUUGUCUUUCGAUACGGCUGGCUCCUUCCUCUUGCUGGGUUGUAACAAUGGGUCCAUUUAUUACAUCGAUAUGCAAAAGUUUCCUUUGCGGAUGAAGGACAACGACCUGCUCGUGACUGAAUUAUAUCGAGACCCAAGUUACGAUCCCAUAACUGCGAUAUCUGUAUAUUUGACGCCGAAAACAACACAAGGUCUCUGUGGAAACUGGAUAGAAAUCGCAUAUGGCACCAAGUCCGGUAGUGUCCGAGUAAUCGUACAGCAUCCGGAAACCGUGGGUCACGGUCCGCAGUUAUUUCAAACGUUCACGGUGCAUCAGAGCAGCGUGACCAAGGUGACGCUCUCGGAGAAAUACUUAGUGUCGGUCUGCUCGGAAUAUAAUCAUGUGCGAAGUUGGGCGGUGACCAGAUUUCGCGGAAUGAUCUCGACUCAACCAGGGUCAAUGCCUGAGGCGAGCUUCAAAAUCGUUUCCUUGGAAGCGAUCGACCCUUGCGUCAGCUACAAUGCCGGCAACGACUUUGGUCCGUUCGGCGAGCAAGACGACGAGCAGGUAUUCGUACAGAAAGUUGUGCCCGAAACUGACCAAUUAUUUGUUCGAUUGGCAUCGAACGGGAAAAGAGUUUGCGUGAUACAGUCGGUGGACGGCAGCAUUAUAAGCUCGUUCUACGUGCACGAGUGCGAAGGCAUGGGCUCAAGGCCCAGGCGCUUCAUAUUCACCGGCCAUUCUAACGGCACUAUACAAAUGUGGGAUCUCACAACGGCAUUGGAUCCGUCUUUCAAUGCCACUAAAGAUUGCUCCGGCGGACCCACGCCGGAAGAGCUCUGGAAGCUGUUGGAUCAAUGCGACCUCAGCAACAGUCACUGCUCGACACCUUGCAUCAGUCCUUCCCCUUCGUUGAUCGCGACGGGGCCUAGGAUCAAGACGAGCAACGUCCUGUUUCUCAAUCAGUCGCAGAAUCCGGAUACACUGCCUGGAUCCAGCCAAACGUAAGGACAUGUUCAAUCGGAGCUACCUCGCGCGAGCUGAGGAUAAAUUGAAUUAUCUCCCGGUUUGCAACCGGAGGUAGAAGCAUCGCGACUACCAGCAUGCGAACGGGAAAUCUGCAUUUAUUAUAUUUGGUUAUUUAUUUAUUUAUUGAUAAACCAAACACACUGAACUAUCGGAAACAAGUCUGCAUAGUUAUAGUUCCUGAAUCGUUGUCUUUGCAUUCACGUGUAUACAAAGAGAUCCUACUCGGUGGACUCUUCUAGACGAAGUUACGUUAUUUAUCUAUUUAAGCAGUGCAAUCUGAAAAUAAUAUAACGAGGAACAUGACUGCGUUAUAUAUAAGCUUUACAGCUUAUUUAAUUAUAUAAUGAUCAUAUAAGUUAUAUUUGUGUUGAGAUAAUAUUACUUUAAGAAAAUAAUAUUACUUUAAAUAAGUGGAUUUGAUACAAGUGCAAAUAGAAUGUCUAUGAAAUUGAUUUUAAGAGAUUUUGAUAAUAGCACUAAUGUUCUGGAGCGAAUCUACUUGAUUAAUGUUAUUGAUAUUAAAUUAAAUUUUGUAUAAACUCUAUUCGAUAAAAAUUUUAAGCAUUUAUAGUAGUGAUCAAAUUCUCUUAAGACGUUCCGAUUUUACGAUAUCUCUAUUGUUCCAAUAGAAAGUUUUACACAUUGUCAUACGUAAACUCGUUUAAUUAGAUAGCAUAAGCUCGUCCGGGAAGGGGAAUAGAUAUUCAGCAAAAUCAUCGACUGAUAGAUAAAUACGGCGGUUAAAGUGUUUUGUUUAGAAUUAUAUAUAUUCUGUAUUAAUGUUACAAAAGAAUGAAAGGAGAUAAUCGUACACGGAAACGUACAUCGUUUCCCCGCGAUUUCUGUUGAAACGAAGUCAACAAGUCCUAUCGAACUCGAAGGGAAGCUAUCGGUGUGGUAAGUCGGUUUGUAGAACAUUGUUAUAUAUCGAUUUUCUCGCAUAGAGCACACUGCGAUCUUUUUACCCCAACUGUAAAACACUUAGUAAUAUUUCAACAUUAUAUCACUAUCAACAUUUCAUACCCCUGAAUAUCAUUUCAAAAGUUGACGACUUCAGCGACAACAUCAUCGUAUCUCUCGAGUAACAAAUGUGUGUGGUAUACGUUACGUAUGCAAUUAAUAUGGAUAUUGAAAAGUCAAAUUUGCAAGUCCGAAUAUACGCGCAAGUAUUCGGCUUUGUUACUGUGUGGCUUUCGGAUAUCUCGCAUGUACGUGUAUGAAAAUACUUACGUACCUGUGACUUCACCGCAUGGUACAAUGCAUACGUCAUCGACGUACAUGUACAUACAUAAAAAAUUGUAUUGUAAUAUUGUUACAACCGUUACACUUCUGUGAUUUAAAUAAACCAUUGGUAUACGUGUA